AUGUACAGAGUCGUUGGACGUCCUAUCACAGUUUUCUGCACUGGUCCGGCUCCACCUGAAACGGUGGUGGCAGCACAAUUGAUGUGUCAAAAAGAAAAUCAUCGGAUCACAUACAAAUCGCGGACCGGCCGCCGCAAGAAGGAUUCGUUGAUUUUCAACGCAAAGGCGUACAUCGUCGGCAACAACAGCAUCAACGGAGUACCGGUCAGUCAACGCCGCGUGCAGAUCUUCUUGAAGUCGCUGCAGGAGCAGCUCAAGCAAAAUGCAGAGUUCGUCAUAUCUCAAUCGACUAUUUAUCGCUGCACAAAGUUUCCAUUUUAUCAUCAGCAUCAUUUGUACACGACUGCGAUUCCACCAAUAGGUCUCUUGAUGAGAUUUGGAUGA